GGAGCACGUGGAUAUCAGCUGCUGACGUAAAAUGACCAGCGAUAGCCUGCGCCGGUCGAGCUGCGUUCCAGUUGCCGGACAUUCUUAUCGCUGGAGGCGCUUCCUUCCUUGGGUCGCUUUUUUCCUCGUUAUUAUCACCGUCCAGUUCUACGCUAUUGCGGUCAAAGAUUUCGGAUUCCUAAACACUUUGCAAAGUCUAACAACUAAUAAACAUCGCAAGACUGUUGGUUCUGGUCCACUUCAUGUGCUGCUCAUAGCCUAUGCCAGAACAGGAUCAUCAUUUCUCGGUGACCUCCUUCAAAGCCUACCUGGCACUUUCUACUAUUUUGAGCCUUUACAUUUCCUCAGCAAUCCCGUCCUUAAUAGUAGCUUCCAUGAAGCAAGAAGUUUGCUAGAUAAGAUCUUCCAUUGCAACGUUUCUAAGAUACAAGGUUUCCUCAUCUGGCAAAAGAGGCAUGACAAAUACAUGAAGCUUAAGAGGAGUUUUGAAUACUGGAAAGCAUGCUCGAAAUUCAAGACUUGUUACAAUGGCUCCUACAUAGAUGCUUAUUGCAGAAACCAUACUACUUUGAUAGCCAAAACUAUUAGACUAAAUCUCAAAGAAGCCUCUAAAUUAUUCGAUACCCAUCCAGAACUUAAUUUGAAAAUAAUCUAUUUGACUAGAGAUCCCAGAGGAACACUGAAUUCCCGAAUGAAAUUUCCUGUAGCUGCUUGGUGCAACAAAGAUCCUAUGUGUUCCAGUCCAAAACAUUUUUGUUUGAGCUUAAAUGAAGAUCUGGAUACCAUCUGCUCUUUAUCAUCUAAACGUCCAGAUGACUUCGCUGUCGUACGUUACGAAGAUUUAGCCAUGGACCCAUUUGGUGUUGCCAAUCAUCUAGUAAAAUUCCUUGGACUUCCUUCCAUGCCCAUUGAAAUGGAAGUUUUCCUCAACACCCACACAUCAGUCACAGGAAAUGUUAAGGAAAUAUCUCAGGCACAGGGCGUUGAAUAUCCUUAUUCUACAUUCCGAAAUUCAUCCAUAACUGCCAUGUCCUGGAGAAAGGAAAUGGAGUUUCAGCACCUGACUGAACUCCAGAACAUUUGCCAACGUGUGCUGACCGGUUUGGGAUACUAUUCCUACUCCAAUCUUGCAGCUUUGAGAUCGAAUGUAAAUUUUGAUAUUGAUCUACCAACUUCCCUCAGCACUGUUUGUAACUUGAGGUAAAAUAUUUUGUACACAGAAUCUUAUGGAACGUUAGAAACAUUAGUACAUAAUAUAAAAAGUGUUAUGCGCUAACGUUUCGAACUAUUUUGUACAGACGUAUAUAAAAGAUGACAAUUCAUAUUCCAACUGACUGAAAAAUAGUUUAUUGAAUCUGAAGGUACCACAAAGUACGGCAGAAAUCCCGUGUAUUAAAGAGAAAAUUCACACUAUAGACAUGUUGGUUAGAGUAGGCUGCAAUUUCAUUAAGAUCUAUUCUUAGAAUUUUUUCACAGAUAGAAAAUUACUUCCGAACUCUGUGUAUUUCUAAGGAUAUUUUUGCUAAUAAACUUGUAAACUGAAACUUUCCCUACAGUGAAACACCGUUUAUAUGUUUGUUACGUAUACGUCUUUUACAUUUAUACGUCAUUUUAUUUAUAUGAAGUUCCAUACAGUGAUUCAGACAGAUAACUGGUAUUUUCUGACUAGACAGAUUCCGAUACAGUUGAUUGGUAGGAAGAUCGCUUGGAAAUAAAUUAAAUGAAUGUAGUGAAGCUCGCGGACCAGCCAGAUUUAUUCACAGGACAUAGUAAUACAUUUUUAUGCUAUAUAAUGAACACAUUUUAAUAGGAUUGUUAUUUGCUCUUUGAAAUCUUAACACUUUGCUUAAGAAUCAAAAUCAAAAGGCACAUCAAAAAACAGUUGUUGAUGUUUUAGGUUAUUAAAAAGUUAAGAUUUCCUUCAUUUUCAAAUCUAUCUGAAAAAAAAAGUAUUAUUUUUUUCAAAUGAAUAAUCGAAAUAAAGUUAUGAAAAUUUUCCUUUUUAUAUCAAAUAUUAUGCAUUUUAAUUCUUGUGAGUUGAAAAAUGAAAUAUUUUUUAUCAAGGCAGUAAUUUGAACAACUUAAAAAGAUAAUGACAAAAUUAAAUGUGUAAUACAGUUGGUACAAUAACAAUCAAAUGUUAAAGGUAAAAUGCACUUAAACUGAAAUUUUGAUUGCAUCAUUCUCGUUUAUACCUUUUGUGUGUUUAUUUAACAGGCAAAUAAACGGCGCUUCACUGAAAUGAGUUAUAUAUUUUUCUAAAAACAAAUAUUUUAUUAAUUUUAAAUGUUUGAAUUAGAACUCCCAUUAUUAAAACAAGCAUUUCAUAUAUAAAAAAAAUUUUUAAGUUUCUUUGGAUGUUUAUUGAUUUUGAUGCACUGUUACACAAACUGAAAAACUUUAUCAAAUCUACCCAGAAUCUAGUCAUCUUAUUUUCUUUUCCCAAUGAUCCAAACACACGUCGAUUUGAUACUCUACUUGUUGCUUUCAUAUUCUUCACUUUGUUGUAAAGGUUUCGUAUUAGAUAUAAAUGCAGUAUGUUUGGAACUACUUUCCUCUAUCCCAAAAAUGUGUUUCGCAUUGAUCAGUGAUUUCAAAUGGGUCUGAUCCAACUCGACAUUCCAAAUCUUCCUGAAGAACACCAUGGAACUAAAAUAAAGAAAGGCACAAUGCAGAGAAGCAAAUUUUUCGAAAUUGGUCUCGUUAAAUCAUUCCAGAAUUCAUUUUAAUUUCUAAAUGUUAAAAUGGUCAUGCUGGUACGCAAAAUAAACUUCAUUAAAUGUAUGUUAUGUUGCUUCAGGCUGAAAUACUAUGAUUAGAUAACCAGUAUUUUAUAACCUUAUAUUUCCUGUGCCUAGGAUUAAAAACGUAAACCUCAAGUAAUGUCAAAACUCUACAGCAUGUUAGCCGAUCUAGCAAGCUAAUUAUUCGAACAAUGCAUUGGAACAUGUAGCUCUGUCGGCAUCUUCCAGAUUUCCGAUUCUUCCAUCAGCAACUUUCAUCGGAUUCCUGUAUAGUAAAUGUGAUUCACUAUUCUAGAAGUAUUCUUGUUAUUCAUGUUUUCUGAAUCCGGGCUUUAGCUCCCCAAAAUAAAUUUUAGAACUAAUAAAUAAUUGGUUAUUUAUGCUUGCAUAUAGUUUUUCUGUUUUUAAAAUCUAUUUCCUGCAUUUCUCUACAAGAGUAGUCGGUUACUCUAUUUUUAACCUUUUCAAUGAGCUUUGUUAUAGGAAACAAAAGAUCAGCGCUUAAGGCCACAGAUUUAAAUGAGAAACGCUGUCGUUCCUUAUCUUCUCAUAACUUUCUUCUGUCUCUUAUAAAUGCCAGAAAAAUGGGAUCUGAGGGUCUUCGAAAUUAUGGUGUGCCCAAAGCCGCAAACUUGCUUAACCGUGAGCUAUAUUAUUAUCCAUCUUUCAAUAUUCUAUAUCUUCUUCCUAUUUCGGCUAUGUAGUCACUCGGGAUUGUUGCUGUGAUGUCUAGCUCAUGUAUUAAAUUCUCAUGUCAGAGUGGUAAUCACAGCAGGUGGAAAUCAGUACUAAAUUGCCAUAUCAGUUAGCUGUUAUGACCACCCCAUGCUGAAAAUCAUAAACUUAAAUCAUUAGUGAUAGUUUGAAAGUUUCCGAGCAUUGUUUUGCAUCUAUAAGAAUUCUCAGCAUAUGGUAUUCGUGCAGACAAUUUUGCUUAAAAGAUUUCUUGAGAAACUUUCGAUUGGGUACUCUGUAUCCAAGCGGAAAUUGAAAAUACGGUUAUAAAUUUCUCUCCCAGUUACGAUCAAAGAAUGUGAUAAAGAAAGACUAUUACUUGCUUCAUUUCUGCAAAACUGUAAUAAUAUAACAGCAUAUUCAUUAGGUGGCAAUAAUUCAAUUCAUUUAGGUCAUUGUUUGAAGACACGUGAAAUGCACAAAAUCGGUUUUAUUCUAUGAGUUUAAAACCUAAUCCAUGAGUCAAAUGAAUAUGGCUGAAAACAUCACAAUCAUAUUUCAUUUUGAUUUAAGAAAGUUCCAACUAAACAAAUAUAGAGCAUUUAGAAAAAGGCCUUUUUUUAUUCUGAAAUUAUUAUAGGGAAUAUUUUUCCAGCUUUUGUACAUUGCUUCUUGACUCGUGAUAAGCUGCGUAUUUAGAUGACAAAUGAUGUUUAAAAGAAGUGCCUCUGUAAAUCCUGAAUAAAAUUUUUAUUAAGUAUA